AUGACACCCUUCCUUGAUUUAGAUACCCCAGUGCCUUUAAAUCCGCCAAAAGUGCCACUGCAGUCGCAGGAACAUCGUGACUUGCUCGAUAUCAUCGAUAAGCUACGAUCACAAGGAAUCAACCGAUAUGUCGACCUGCCGCAAAUUGUUGUUUGUGGAGACCAGUCGUCCGGCAAGAGCUCUGUCCUCGAGGCAAUAUCAGGCUUGUCUUUUCCGACGAAGGACAACCUCUGCACGGGAUUUGCAACAGAACUCAUCUUACGUCGAAGUCCUUCGAGCGCAAUCAACAUUUCCAUCGUUCCCGGUGAGGACCGUUCGGAAGCCGAGAAAGAAGUGCUGCAUGCGUUCUCUUCCUCUGUCUCCAUCAAUGAGUCCGGCCUGGAGAAGGUUGUGGAGGAUGCCAAAGUCGCAAUGGGCCUCUCGGUACCGGGUUCGAGCAGAGUCUUCAGUAACGACAUUCUCAGGGUCGAGCUUUCCGGGCCAUGCCAACCACACCUUACCAUGGUCGAUUUGCCCAGUCUGUUUGAAGCCGGGAACCGCGAUCAAAGUGAAGAGGACGCAGGGAUGGUCAAGUCUCUGGUCCUUGCAUAUAUGAAAAACCCACGAAGCAUCAUACUGGCAGUUGUGUCAGCAAAGAGUGACUUUGCACUUCAGAGUGUAACCAAAUAUGCACGGAAUCUCGAUCCGCAAGGCAUGCGCACAAUAGGUCUUAUUACCAAACCGGACACCCUCGAUGCGGGUUCAGACAGCGAACAAGGCUAUCUGGAUAUGGCCCAAAAUAAGGAUGUGAAGUUCCGCCUUGGAUGGCAUGUGUUGCGGAAUAGGGAUUUCUCUACACGAGAUGUGACGACUGCCGAGCGUGAUCAGAUAGAGAUUGAGUUUUUCUCAACGGGAGUCGGGACAUCUUUGAACCCAGCUCAUGUGGGUGUUUCCGCGCUGAGACCUCGAUUGAGCCAUAUUCUUCGUGAUCAGAUUCUUGACCAGCUCCCAAGUGUCCUCGCAGAUGUUGAGUCUGGAAUUGAUGACUGCAAAGUUCGACUGCAAAAACUGGGUGCCCCACGUGCAGACCUACAGCAACAACGGCAGUAUCUUCUGCAUCUCAGCCAUGCCUUCCAUACCAACAUUAAAUCUGCCAUCAAUGGAAUGUAUGACGGCCCCUUUUUCGGUUCUGCUGGGACGGAAGGAGGAUAUAAAAGACGACUGCGGGCAGUUGUGCAGAACAGGUUAACUUCAUUUGCGGCCGAGAUGAGGACGAAAGGACACGCCCUGAAAAUAGUUGAGUCAGGGAAACAGUGCAAACAAGGCCACAUCACCCGUUCCCAGUACGCUAAGAAAGUGACAACUCCGAUGUCUCGAAGUCGUGGCCGCGAGCUUCCUGGAACCUAUAAUCCACUUAUCGUUGGCGAGCUUUUCCGCGAGCAAUGUGGUCCGUGGAAAGGAGUGAUUGGUCGAUUCAAAAGCGACAUUCUUGGGGCUACGCACUAUGCAGUCUCCGCAGCAUUGGACCAUGCCGCAGAUGAGAUAACUGCGGCGAGGCUGCUGCACGAGAUCAUUGGCCCUGACCUAGGCCAACUUGAGGCGGUCCUAGAUGAGAAAAUCAUGGAGAUUUUGGAGCCUCAUGAAUCGGGACAUCCCAUCACCUACAACCACUACCUCACGUAA